AUGUUGUCGACGCUAUUAACCAAUCGGAAAGUGGUGGAACAGCAAUGUUUCAAGGCCACAAACGAUAACAACGAUAUUAGUGAUUGUGGCAUGCUACGCAAAGACGCACAACUACCAGAGAGUAAUUCAACUGUUGAUGCUAAACUAAGCUGGCUACGCUCACAAAUAAUAGGUGGGAUUGCUGAGAUUCACACUCCAUUUGGAAUACGUAAGCUCACGUAUGCCGAUCAUACAGCAACAGGUCGAUGUCUUCGGUACAUAGAAGACUACAUCAUCCACACUGUUCUUCCCUUCUAUGGUAAUACUCACACAAGCGACAGCUACGUAGGCGAUCAAACUAUGAAAAUGCUUCAUGAAGCAACUGAGUUCGUCAAGAAGUGCUUAGGUGGAACACAUGAUGACGCACUUCUUUUUUGUGGAUCGGGAACUACAGCAGCCAUCAAACGGCUCCAAGAGGUCAUGGGAAUCUCUAUUCCAUCAGUUUUACGAGAAAAAGUACUAAAAUCAUGCCUAACAAGUGAAGAAAGGUGGGUAGUUUUUGUUGGUCCUUAUGAACAUCAUUCCAACCUCCUUUCAUGGAGGCAAAGCCUAGCGGAAGUUAUAGAGAUCGGUUUGAACAAUGAAGGGUUAAUCAACAUCGAUGAUUUAAAGUCACAACUGAAUCUUUAUCGAGGAACUGGACGCCCGAUGCUUGGUUCCUUUUCUGCUUGUAGUAAUGUCACUGGAAUUUGCUCUGACACCCGUUCUCUAUCUCGCUUGCUUCAUGAAUAUGGAGCUUUUGCAUGCUUUGAUUUCGCAGCAAGUGGUCCGUAUGUAGAGAUUGACAUGAGAUCAGGUGCUGAUGAUGGCUACGACGCCAUAGCUUUAAGUCCACACAAGUUUCUUGGAGGGCCUGGAUCACCAGGGAUUCUUCUGAUGAGCAAGGCACUAUACAAACUGAAAGAUUCUCCUCCUUCAACAUGUGGAGGUGGAACAGUUAACUUUGUCAAUUGCUUCAAUGAAAAGGACACACUAUAUGUUAAUGACAUAGAAGACAGGGAAGAUGCUGGAACCCCACAGAUUAUCCAACGAGUAAAGGUAGCUUUAGCAUUUCAAGUAAAAGAAUACAUUAGCUGUGAAGUUAUUUGCAAGAAAGAGCGCAACUACAUUGAAAAGGCAAUAGAGAGACUUGUGAAAAAUCCGAACAUAUGGGUGUUGGGAAAUACGACGAUAGAGAGACAACCAAUUCUAUCUUUCCUUGUUUACGCGACUACAUACACUUCAGAUAUUGAAGAAGGGACACAUAAUAAGCCUCUUAAUGGGGCUUUUGUUGCUAAGCUUAUGAACGACCUUUUUGGUAUCCAAGCUAGGGGAGGGUGUGCUUGUGCGGGACCCUAUGCUCAUUUCUUGCUUGGAAUCGAUGAACAACAUUCGCUUGCAAUCAAAUCUGCAGUUGAAAUGGGUUACAAUGGAGCAAAGUUGGGUUGGACAAGAGUAAGCUUCGCCUACUAUAUGUCCAAUGAAGAGUAUGAAUUCAUUCUAGACGCGAUAGAAUUUAUAGCUAGCUACGGACAAAGAUUUCUUUCCCUCUACCAAUUCAAUUGGACUACAGGCAGUUGGACUUUCAAGACUAAGGCUUUCGAGGAGAUUUUGCUCAAGGAAAAGGACUUAAAGUUUUGCACAUUAUUUGGUAACAAUGCAACCAAAGCAUUUCAUGUGAAACGAACCAAACUGAAGACACAUAAUUGUAAAACAACUGAAGGUGCUUAUAUUGAUACAUAUUCAUUUUAUCUCGAUGUUGCAAAUUACAUUGGGAAACUUCUUCCGAAGUUCCCAUCUCAUCAUACAGUUCCAAAAGUUAUAGACCUCGACCAUGUGAUUUAUUUUGUAUAG